UCCUCUUUCGACUUCGGGGAUAGGGUAGGGAGAGAAGACGAUGGAGGAAAAACCAUAGAGUACCAAGAGCAAGAUAGAGUGGUCACCAUAUGCCCGAUUUUUUAGAGGCGGCUGGGCCGGGGGCGGUAGUACAAAAGGAGCUCUGGGAGGCCGCUCCAGCCGCUUUCGACCAUAGAGAUGCGGCUCCCGCCGGUGGUGGGUCUAGAGCAUUUAAGAGGCCACAGCAUACAAAUCAAUGGUGAUGACAGACCCUGUGUUGGACUCACAGCCAGCCAACAGUACUGUGGAGAUGGAUGGACUGUGUCCUGAGCUUUUGCUGAUCCCCCCACCUCUCUCUGACCGUGGAAUUCUGGGACCUGUCCAGAGCACCUGUCCUGGGGACACUGCACCUUUGCCUGCUGACCCAGGCUGCCUGCUGGUAGAGGCCACAGCUAAUGAAGAGGGCCCAGGGAACAUGGAGAUCAUUGUGGAAACAGUAGCUGGAACCCUAUCCCCAGAAGCUCCUGGAGAGACCCCAGGUGUCCUGGUAAAGGUGGUGGAGGUGUACUUCUGUGAGCACUGUGAACAGAGCUUCGCAGAGCCCACUCUGCUGUCCCUGCAUCAGUGCAGUGAGACCCACAUACAGCCUGUGCAGGGCCUGUCUAGCCCCCCAGGCUCUGUAGAACUGCCCUCCAGCAACCUCACCCUCCAUGGCGCUCUGCAGGGCCAAAGCCUGACAGAUAGCCCCCUAUCAUGUCCUGUAUGUAGACAGGAAUUUGCCCAACCACAGGCCCUGAAGAACCACUUCAAGAUUCACCGGGCCACUCCCGACACCUUCUCCUGCCCGGAGUCUGGCUGUGUGUUCUCUGCUGAAGAUCGCAAAGGUCUGCAGCAGCACCUGAGGCAGACCCACAGAGCAGUUCCUGUGCCAUGUUCUUUCCGGGGCUGCCCCCUACUCUUUGGGAGCCAGCAGGGCAUGGAGCUGCACCGGCAGGCCCAUUAUCCUUUCCACUGCAGCCAUUGCAGCUUCAUGGGCUCCAACAUCAAACUCUUCCGGCAGCAUCAGCGGAGCCAUGGAGCUGUGACACAGGGAGAACUUUCUGCUGUUCAGGGCCUUCCAUCCCAGGAGCUGCCAGCAGCUCCUAAACUACCUCCAGGAGAGGGAGAACCUUCAGAGGAAGCAGAUAUAACUUUGCCUGGGCAGGUGUCAGCUGAGGAAGAUGAUGUUGAGGAAGAAGAAGAGAGUGGCACCCAGAAGGCCUCCCAGAAAGCUCUGGAUAAUGGCCAGGGGGCUAAGGAAUUGGAAGGGGAUGUGGCUUCUAGCACUGAGUGCCUCUUCAAGACACACAUGUGCCCAGAGUGCAAACGCUGCUUUAAGAAGCGGACCCAUCUGGUAGAACACCUGCAUCUCCACUUCCCAGACCCCAGCCUCCAGUGCCCCAACUGCCAGAAGUUCUUCACCAGCAAGAGCAAACUCAAGACCCAUCUGCUGCGGGAGCUGGGUGAGAAGGCCCACCGCUGCCCACUGUGCCACUACAGUGCAGUGGAGAGGAAUGCACUCAACCGCCACAUGGCCAGCAUGCAUGAGGAUAUUUCUAACUUCUACUCAGACACCUAUGCCUGUCCCGUCUGCCGUGAGGAAUUCCGUCUCAGCCAGGCACUCAAGGAGCACCUCAAGAGCCACACGGCAGCAGCCGCAGCAGAGCCAUUACCCCUGCCCUGUUUUCAGGAGGGCUGUAGCUAUGCAGCCCCUGAUCGCAAGGCCUUUGUAAAGCACCUGAAGGAGACCCAUGGGGUGCGGGCUGUGGAGUGCCGCCAUCACUCAUGUCCCAUGCUCUUUGCCACAGCUGAAGCCAUGGAGGCCCACCACAAGAGCCACUAUGCUUUCCACUGUCCCCACUGUGACUUUGCCUGUUCUAACAAGCACUUGUUCCGAAAACACAAGAAGCAAGGCCACCCUGGCAGCGAAGAACUGCGCUGUACCUUUUGCCCCUUUGCCACCUUCAACCCAGUGGCCUACCAGGACCACGUGGGCAAGAUGCAUGCUCAUGAGAAAAUCCACCAGUGCCCUGAGUGCAACUUUGCCACUGCCCACAAGAGGGUGCUCAUCCGACACAUGCUGCUGCAUACUGGUGAGAAACCGCACAAGUGUGAGCUGUGUGACUUCACCUGCCGAGACGUGAGUUACCUAUCUAAGCACAUGCUCACCCACUCCAACACCAAGGAUUACAUGUGCACUGAAUGCGGUUAUGUCACCAAGUGGAAGCACUACCUCAGCGUGCACAUGCGAAAACAUGCAGGGGACCUCAGAUACCAGUGCAACCAGUGCUCUUACCGCUGCCAUCGGGCUGAUCAGCUGAGCAGCCAUAAGCUCAGGCACCAGGGCAAGUCCCUGAUGUGUGAGGUGUGUGCCUUUGCCUGCAAGCGAAAGUAUGAGCUGCAGAAGCAUAUGGCUUCCCAGCAUCAUCCUGGCACACCAGCCCCACUCUACCCCUGCCGCUACUGCAACUACCAGAGCCGCCACAAGCAGGCCCUGCUGAGCCAUGAGAACUGCAAGCACACUCGUCUCCGUGAGUUCCACUGUGCCCUCUGUGACUACCGCACCUUCAGCAACACCACACUCUUCUUCCACAAGCGCAAGGCCCAUGGCUACGUGCCUGGGGACCACGUCUGGCAGCUCCGUGAUACCAGUCAAGAGCCUGGAGCAAGACAGUCAUUGACACCCCCACCAAACUCAGAGCCCUCAAGCCAGCUAUCUGCCCAGCCUGAGGGAUCAGGCCAUGAGCCUGACAUGGGCCCCAGUUUGGAUCAGGCCCUGCCAGAAACAAGUGAGGUCAGCACUAGGAGACAGGAUGGCAGUGAGGCUUCCCAUGGGAAUGACCUGGUUGGCAGCUCUAGUCCAGCAGAUGUGGAGGAGGGUGGCUGCACACUACACUUAGAGGCCCUGGGAGUAGAACUGGAACCUGUGGCUCAGCCACCUCUUGAGGAGCUCACUGAAACAGCCCCUGUGGAGUUCAGGCCCCUGGAUGCCUCAGUGCCCCUGGGACUGGAAGGACCUAUGCUAUCCAGCUUUGAAGGUGUUGGAACUCCUGGCUUGGGUGCUGAAGAAGAGCCCAUUCUGGAAAAGCCAGUGUCUGAGUCCCCCAGAAAUCCUUCAUCAUCAGAGGAGGCCUCUAAUAGCUGGGCAGGAACCUUCAAAGCAACUGCACCUGCUGAGACAGCACCUUCGCCUCAGUUGCCAGAAUCAGAGUCAUUAUUGAAGGCCCUACGGAAACAGGACAAAGAGCAAGCAGAGGCCCUAGUGCUGGAGGGGCGGGUGCAGAUGGUAGUGAUCCAGGCAGAGGGACGAGCCUUCCGCUGCCCACACUGCCCUUUUAUCACUCGCCGGGAGAAGGCCCUGAACCUGCACUCCAGAACAGGGUGCCAGGCCCGCCGGGAGCCCCUGCUGUGCCCUGAGUGUGGGACUAGCUUUAAGCAACAACGUGGACUCAGCACCCACAUGCUGAAAAAGUGCCCUGUUUUGCUCAGGAAGAACAAGGGAUUGCCCAGAGCAGACACUCCCAUCCCCCUGCAUCCUAAGCUCCCAGGGAUCCAGGCGUCAGACGAUGCCAAAGGUGAGAAGCCCCCACCUGUACCAUUAGAAGUAGAGCUGCUGCUUCCAAAAGAUGCUCCUUCUGAAGUUGCCAGGGAUCCAGAAAUAGAGGAGCCUCUCACCACACCCUCCAUUUCCCCAGUCCCUCCCACAGGAAACUCCUCACCCACAGAGACCACAGAGAAGUUCUACUUUGAGCAGGGCAAGUUUCACUGCAACUCAUGCACGUUCCUUUGUUCUCGGCUGUCCUCUAUCACCUCUCAUGUGGCUGAAGGCUGCCGAGGGGGACGAGGCCGGGGAGGAAAGCGAGGUUCCCCCCAAACCCAGCCUUCUCUUUCCCCUCAGAACAAUGAGAAUUCUGCUCCCCUGAGUAAUGGGAAUACACAGUCCAGCCCUAGUAAUGGGGAUACAGCCCUGACUCAGAAGCAGAAGGGGGCCCUCUUCUCCUGCCCCACCUGUCCCUUUCGCUGCCAGCAGGAACGAGCCCUGAGGACUCAUCAGACUAAAGGCUGCCCCCUGGGGUCUGGAGAGCUCCACUGUGGCCUCUGUCCAUUCAUUGCUCCUGCUGCUGCUGCCCUGAAGCUGCACCAGAAACGGAGACACCCUACUGCAAUCCCAAGCCGUGGCUCCCGGCCCCCUCUGCAGUGUGGGGACUGUGGCUUCACCUGUAAACAGAACCGGUGCCUGCAACAGCAUCGGCGGCUCAAGCAUGAAGGGGUGAAGCCACAUCAGUGCCCCUUCUGUGACUUUUCUACCACCAGACGGUACCGGUUAGAGGCUCACCAGUCCCGACACACAGGUGUUGGCCGUAUCCCCUGCAGCUCCUGCCCCCAGACAUUUGGUACCAACUCAAAACUGCGCCUGCACCGAUUAAGGGUACAUGACAAAACACCCACCCACUUCUGUCCACUCUGUGACUACAGUGGUUAUCUGCGCCAUGACAUUACUCGCCAUGUCAACAGCUGCCACCAGGGCACCCCAGCCUUUGCCUGCUCCCAGUGUGAGGCUCAGUUCAGCUCAGAGACAGCACUUAAGCAGCAUGCUCUACGCAGACACCCUGAACCCAUUCACCCUGCCCCUGGCUCUCCUGCAGAGGCCACUGAGGGGCCUCUAAACUGCUCCCACUGUGGGCUGCUGUGCCCCAGCCCUGCCAGCCUGCGGGGACACACCCGUAAACAGCACCCACGGCUGGAGUGUGGGGCCUGCCAGGAGGCCUUCCCGAGCCGGCCAGCCCUGGAAGAGCACCGGAGGCAGCAGCAUUUCAGCCACCGCUGCCAGCUCUGUGACUUUGCUGCCCGGGAGCGUGUGGGUCUGGUGAAGCACUACCUAGAACAGCACGAAGAGAAUUCAGCUGCACCAAAGGCUUCGGAUGGGGAUGCUGGUCAGCCCCCUCUGCGCUGCCCCUUUUGUGACUUUGCAUGUCGACAUCAGCUUGUGCUAGAUCACCAUGUGAAAGGGCAUGGGGGCACUCGGCUCUACAAGUGUACUGACUGUGCUUAUAGCACCAAGAACCGGCAGAAGAUCACGUGGCACAGCCGCAUUCACACUGGGGAAAAGCCUUACCGCUGUCACCUCUGCCCGUAUGCCUGUGCUGACCCCUCUCGCCUCAAGUACCACAUGCGGAUACACAAGGAGGAACGGAAGUACCUGUGUCCUGAAUGUGGCUAUAAGUGCAAGUGGGUCAACCAGCUCAAGUACCACAUGACCAAGCACACAGGACUGAAGCCAUACCAGUGUCCCGAGUGUGAGUACUGCACCAACCGGGCUGAUGCACUGCGUGUGCACCGGGAAACACGGCAUCGAGAAGCACGGGCUUUCAUGUGUGAGCAGUGUGGCAAGGCCUUCAAGACGCGCUUCCUGCUGCGCACCCACCUUCGCAAGCACAGUGAGGCCAAACCCUACGUGUGCAAUGUGUGCCACCGUGCUUUCCGCUGGGCUGCUGGCCUGCGCCAUCAUGCCCUUACCCACACCGACCGCCACCCCUUCUUCUGCCGCCUUUGCAGCUACAAGGCCAAGCAGAAAUUCCAGGUGGUCAAGCACGUGCGCAGGCACCAUCCUGACCAGGCCGACCCAAACCAGGGUGUGGGCAAAGACCCCACCACCCCGACAGUGCACCUGUAUGAUGUAAAGCUGGAGGAUCCCAGCCCUCCAGCUCCUGCGGCUCCUCCCACCGGACCUGAGGGCUGAGAGCCUACCCACCACUAAAACAGGAAGAGAGUGUGGUCAGAGAUGUGCAUACUGGGAACAGAGCUAGCCUGACGAGGUCAGGGCCUAAAGAAGGACUGCCUUUGUGGUGUCAGUGUGCCUGGAACCCCCUAACCCACCCAGGACUCUGGCCAUAGUACUUUGAGAAUGAACAGCUAUGUAAGAGAGAGACAUGGACCAAAACACUGAUUUCUUCUUUGAAGUGCAUAGUGUUUUUAACCUGUGAAUUUCUAGUUUCUUAGAGUUCAUGGCUAUAAGAUCUUUAUCCACUCCGUCUUCUUUCCUUCUUACCAUAUCAAAUCCUAUUUUCUUUCAGCACCUUCAAAACAGAUGUAUCUAACUGCAUGUGCUAUUAUACCUGAUGCUCUAUAAAGCAUGUUAAAAAGAAUGACUGCCAUAGACUCAUCCAAACCCCUGACUUGGCAUUUCCAGGCUGUGAUCUUGAUCUGCCCUGUCCCCUCUUAAACCCCUGCUCCUCCUUUAUCUCUUCCAUGUUCACUCAGAGGUAGGUUCUGAAAUAGAUCCAAGUCUGCCUUCUCUCUGUCCUUAAGCUUGUCCUUAUUCAACAUAAAUCCUUAGAUUGGCCCAUAACUGCCCUUAUGAGUAAAAGCACAAAGGCUUUUUAAAAGGCAGAUGAUUAGGGAGGUAAAUCUCUAAUUCAGAAUUCUCACAGUGUAAUUCUGUAAUGCCUCACUAUGUAUUUCAUCUUCUGAACUGAGGCACUCUGGGAAAAUUAAAGAAGAUGUCAUUAAUAAUUAUGCUGGGACACAACAAACAUAAACCAGGACUGUUUUGGGCAAACUUUCCAGGAAGGCCAGAAUCACAUAAACCUUUGUCUCCUUUUGCCCUGCCCCUCAGAAGUCUCUCUUUUGUGUCCUUCCUAUAUAGCAUGUGCAGGAAUGCUCCCUGGAAAAUUUUUUUUUUUUUUUUUUUUUUUUGGUGGUUGUGCUGGGGAUUGAGCCCAGGGCCUUGUGCAUGUGAGGCAAACACUCUACCAAAUGAGCUAUAUCCCCAGUCAAAAGCUUGAUUUUCUACCUUUUCCCUGAUCCAUCUGACUCCCCAAAUGUCCCCCCAACCCUUGUACCUCCCCUUGCCCAAUAAUGACCAUACUGGAGCCAAAUUAGAGAGAGAAGCUCUGUUUACACCAGUGGCACUGGGGAGGAGCAGCCCAGUGGGGACAGGGCUGUGCACUGUUCUCUGGAGAGUCAUGGUACAGUCCUAGGGUCAGGUCUCCUUCCUCAGCCUUUGCCUGAGGAGCUUUGAUUUAUCCUUCCCUUGGCUCAGGGCUUUGAGGAAGUUAAAGGGAUAAUACUUCUGUAAGUCUCUUUGCUCCAGGCCCCUCUCUGGGUUUCUAGUGGCAAUCUGCUUUCGUAUCAGAGUUGACGGGAGAGAUUAGUGGUAGAUCUGAGUGUGGGGCAGCCUACAGCAAGAGGAAGGAGGGAACACCAGCACAGACUACACAAAAAGAAAGGGCAGGAGAGAUACCAAAGACUUGUGAAAACAAAGGAAGAGAAAAAAGGUGAAAAGUCAGAUUCUAGAUUUGCUUGUUAGGAAGGGCAAGGUAUUGUGCCUGGAAAUGCACAAUCUGAAGCUUUAUACCAUCUCCAUUUGCUCUCUUUGGAGCAUCCAGGUUGUUCUCACCAUCUAAAGCCAGUGCACCACCCACACUGUGAAAUACCCACCUCAGAAAUCAGACUCAGACUCCUCUUCCUCUUCCCGAAUGCAGAUGUACACAAAGAUGGAAGCUGGGUGGAGGCUUAUGCCAUCCUUAGAGAGCAAGUGUAUGUGGCGGUAACCUGGAAAGGGGCAGGAGGACAACAUUAGGAAGGCAGCCAGAGCCAGGGUAUUGGCCAGAGAUCCGAGGACUGUCUCACCUUGUUUCAUGCAGGUCCAUGGCAGGGUAUAUUGACCAAUAAAGUCAUUUCGGGAUUUCCAGUCAUAGUCCUUAACCACAAAACGCAGCACAGCAAGUUCAGGUACCAGAACCUGGAAACACAGUGUCUGACCCCAGUAGGGAUUAAAACCUAAGGUGGGGGGUAGGAGGGAAUA